ACGAGAGACGGAGAAGCGAGAACGUAUUUACAGAUGGUUGGACCAGAUCGCGGAGGCAUUGACGUUCAACCCAGACCCCGAAACCCCAGGCUGGAUCAUCCCUGUCUAUGCAGAUGAGUUAGAUCACCCCGAAAGCCCAUUCUAUCUGGACAGGGUCACAUAUGAACUGGAUCUGAUGGCGCCCGUAGGGAAGCCAUUCCGCAAGGUGAUCGAUAUUAACUGCAGCUCUGGCGAGUGGGCUAUGGACAUGGCGCUGAAGUACCCAAGGACGAUUGUAUACGCCCUUGACCCACUUCUCGACAUCGCCCACCUCCCUCUCCGCAUCCCCGAGAACUGCAAGUUUCGGAUGCGCGACGUCCGUGACCAGGAAGGCGAAUUCGACCUCGUUCACCAACGUCUCGGAGCCUUCAGGACCCAGAUCCAAGAAUGGACACCUCAUUUUGCAGAACUCCGAAGGCUCACCCGUCCAGGUGGAUGGAUUCAGCUCGCAGAGUCCAAUGGCUUGGUCCUCCGUGCGGGCGUCGAGUCACUAAAGGUCAACCGGUGGGUCGAACAGGCAGCCCUGAGCUCUGGAUUGAACCCGAUACAGAUGGUCGAGGCCCUGAUGCCGACGAUCUUGGGCGCCGGAUUGAUCAAUGUCGAGUGCUUUGAUUAUGGUAUCCCUAUCGGAGAUUGGGCAGGACCGAGAGGCCAGGUCGCGAUGAGAUCUUAUCUAGAGAUGGUUGAGUCGCUUAGAGAGGAAAUCAUCGAGAUGAACCGUCUGGAGGAGGGCAUCUUUGAGGAGACGAUCGAGCUGAUGAAGAUGGAGUGCGUCGCAGAGAAGGCCGAGCUGGUUAUGAAGGUCCUCUAUGCUCAGAAGCCGCCUAUCACGGAUGAUCUUUGGAGAACUCGGUAGAGGCGAUUGUUUGCUCUCUAUGCGAUCAAUACCUCUGUCGUCCGAACUUAACACCCCCAAAAGCCGGCGG